AUGGACUCGUCGCCCGAAAUGGACAAAUUUGGGGUUUCCGAAGAGGAUUAUGAAUAUAUGUUUGAUCCUUUAAAACGCCGGAAUUUUGCCUCCAAAAAGCAACAAAUUUAUGGCAUUUUCGCCUCAGAUUCAGAUUCUGAAGUUGAAGAAAAAAGUGGAAUGAGCUCUAUGGCUUCCAUACGCAAGCGUAAGGGUGCAAACUAUUCUGGACCCAUCACUUUUGUCAGUGGUGGAAUUAAGGAGGGUUCUAAACCGGCAGAAACGUUCGAUAUCAAUGAAGAUACUAAUAUUGAAAUAUCUGAUGAGGAAGAGGACAAGCGUUUGUUUGCUCCGAAUAACUCUGUAGAACAAACCACGGCUACUAAACCUUCAGUUACUCAGCCUCGAAGGGCUAAGGCACCUUCUUCAACAAAGGGAUUCGGGUCAUGGGAGAGACAUACGAAAGGAAUCGGUAUGAAGCUUCUUCAGAAGAUGGGCUUCAAACCUGGCGAAGGCCUAGGGAAAGAUGGAAAAGGAAUUGUCACUCCUGUUGAGGCUGUCAAACGUGUUGGAAAGGGUGCAGUUGGAUCUGUUGGCUCUGAGGUUGCUCCUGCACCUCGUAGAGGUGGUGAAGCUGCACCAAUCCCUGAAACCAAAGUUGAUAAAGCCCCUGGUCAUCCUCGCUACAAAAAAGUAGACGGUUCAGGAGGAAGCAACGGCAAACGCUCUGAGAGGACGAUCUACAUGACAGCAGACGAACUGAUAGCCAGCGUUAGUCCUGCAACACCAGCUGCAGCUAUCAAAUCCCACGGACCGUUCAUGCAGAAUAGUGAAUUGAGUAAGGUCAAAGUCAUUGAUAUGACUCAACGUGAACAGAGAGUCUAUGAGGGCUACGCAGAGGCACUGUCGAAUUCUCGUUACGGUCGACGUAUUGAUGAUAUCGAUGACGAUACUUUAGAUGCAGAAUCGAAGAAGCGCGAGAAACGAAUUGAGGGUCACUUCUUUGAGGUACCGGUGUUGUGUCACAAUAUCGAUCUCAUUAUCAAAACCACUGAGGAUGAGAUUAGAAGACUUGAUCGUGGGGCGAGAUAUGAGGAGGAUAGGGCAGCUGGACUAGAACAUGAAAUCGAACGUCUUACUAAGGUUGUAGAGAAAGCUGCUUUUGACGUAGACGAACUUGAUGCCGCUCUUAAACUAAUCAGUCAAUUUGAGGCAGCCUUGAAGCGUGGCGAAAUAGGUGCCAGUUCUGAAGUCGCCUCUUCCUGGGUAAAUAGAAUUCGUCGUGAAUGCGCUGGUCUUCCGGAACUUCCCGCCUUCCUUGCCGCUAUGGCUCGACCUAUUUUAGACAGUCUUCUCGCAUCUUGGCAGCCACUUGUGAAUCCAAGUCUCGGGGUGUCAGUUCUUACUGAAUGGCGUGGUGCUCUGGAUGAUCAAAAUGCCUUUGAAAUCCUCCUGAAAUCAAGUUGGUUGCCACCACUGCGGAAGACAAUAGUCUCAGAAUGGGAUCCACACGACUGUGAACGCCUUCUUGUCGUAUUCGAAGCUUGGCAGUCUCUCCUACCAGAAGACCUUCUACAGGCAGAUUUGUUGGAUUCUUUGGUUCUACCUAAGUUGAUGGAAGCAGUUGAUGCCUGGAAUCCAUUGACAGAUCGAGUGCCAAUCCACACUUGGCUGCAUCCCUGGCUUCCCUGGUUUGGUGGAGCCUCCCGUCUCGCUCCAACCCACGAAUUGGUACUGCACAAAUUGGCCGCCUGUCUCACCAACUGGCAUCCUUCAGACGCCUCCGCGAGUUCCGUUCUCCUCCCCUGGCGAAAUGUCAUCCCAAUGGCUCAGAUGACCGCAUUUCUCAAUCGUAAUGUUGUACCGAAGCUGGCUCAUGUUAUGCAAAACUUCCAGGGAUGCGGAGCUAAGAAGGGUGGUAAGAUGUAA